AUGGAUAUUUUAAAAAAGGUUUUUCAAAGCAUAACAAUACCAUCAAUUUAAGGGUAUGACUUUGAAAAGGAUUGUAUUCUUACAGUAGGUUAUUGGAGAAUUUAUAAUGCAAAGAAUAAAUAAAGGUUGGGCUCAGUUUGGCUAUGUGAUCAGAGCAAAUAAUUUUAAAUUGCAAAAAAAGAAUACAUCAGUAUGAUUAAAUUAAAAUAUCCUGGAAUUUUGCAAGUACUUGAACCAUUAGUUGAAGAAAAAUCUCAUAUAGGAUUUGUCACUGAAAGAAUAGAAUGUACAUUAAGUCAAGCUUUAAAUGACAGCAAAUAUGUAUUAUCAGAUAUAGAAUUGAAAUUGCAUAUAUUAGAGAUAGUAGAUGGAUUAUAAUUUUUGCAUAAUAAUGUUAGAUAAGUUCAUUUAGAUUUACAACCUGAAAAAAUUUAUUUUACAGAUAAUGGAAAAUGGAAGAUUGGAGGUUCACCAUUUCAAUAAUAAAUUUUAAAUUCUAUUGUUGAAUGUCAAAUAAGCUCAGGAUAUAAUAUUUUAUACACAGCUCCUGAAAUUGUAAAGUUUUAUCAAUUAUUUCUAGCUUUCCUCUAAAUAAUCAUGUGGUUAUGCCACAGAUAUGUUUUCUUUAGGAAUGAUCAUAUUGCGUUUGAUGAGACUUAAAAAUAAUCGCGUAGCUUUUCCAGAAACUUAAGAUUAGGAUUCUUACCUAAAAUUUUUAAAAAGUUUAGAUUUAAUGAGAUAUAAGGAUAUUUAUUAAGAAUCAUUUCUUCACUUUUUAGGAUUAAUGUUAUCUUAAUAAAUUAACACAAGACCUACUUUAUCUUAAUUUGUUUAAAUUGAUUGGUUUAAAGACCCAUAUUUAAUUACAUUUAAUAUUUUAAAUAAAUUACCAGAAUAUGAUAUGCAAUAAUAAAUUGUAUUUUUUAAGGGACUAUCAAGUGUAAUAUUUAAUUUUGAAAAAUCAAUUUUAAAAAAAAGACUUUUACCUAUUGUUUUAGGCUUAACUCAAUAUGAUCAUUUGCUAACAGCUAUAGUCUAAAUUAUUCUUGAGACUAUGAGAAGAGAAGAUAUAAUAAAUUCAAAUUAAUUUUAAUCAGAAGUGUGGCCAAAACUUAAGUAUUAAUAUUGAUUUUAUAAGAUAAAUCAUUUCUGGAAAAGAAAUUCCUGCUCAAGUAUUGUAUGAUUUAGUUCUUGCUUUACCUGUCUUUCAUAAAUAUAUUAGUCAAAAAGAAAUAUAAGAUCACUUAAUACCAUUAUUAAUAAAAUGUUAUGAAUGCAAAGUUCCUAAAUUAUAAGAUUUAGGAAUAAGAGUAACAGAAUUUGUUCUUGAGAAUAAUGAUUACUCUUUUAGUAAAACCAAGAUUUUACCAAGAAUCUUUGUACUUACAUAGGAUUAGAAUAUUGAAAUCAGAAAAACUACUCUUAUUUGUAUUUAUAAAACAUUAAAUGUGAUGGACGCUGAUUUAGUUUUAACAUCUUUAGAAAAAGUAAAAGCCUUAGGAACAGAUAGAUAAUUAAAUUAAAUAGUUCUAAAAAUAUAUUAAUCUUUAUCUAAAAUUUUAUCAAUAGAUUAAGUUUCUUAAAAAUUAUUACCUUAAAUAACACCUUAUUUAACUGAUCCAACUCUUUCAAAAUAAGAAUUUAAUGAAUAUUAUGAUACUUUGUAAUAAAUGCUUACACGCAUCAAAAGUGAGAAAGAAAAGAAUUUGAGUGAUUCUAAUACUAAUAUUAUACAAGUUGAUUAUAAAUUAGCAUUACCUGAACCAAAGAGAUUAAUAGAUAAUAAAAAUGAAUAGUUUGAAUUUCUAAAUCAAUUUGAUUAAAGAUUAACUUCAAUUCCUGAUAAACCUGUAAUUUAAGAAGCAACAACUUAAUCAACAAUUUAAUAAACAACUUAAUCAACAACUAUUUAAAAUAAAACUGAUUUUUCUUAAUUAUAAAAUCAAUAAGCAACAAUUUUGUAGCCAUCAACUUAAACAGUAUAUCCUAUUUAAGAUAAUAAUAAUUACAAUACCAUACAAUUAGGUUAACCUGUAACUCUAGGAACUCCCAUUAAUUAAUAUUAAUAACAACCUUCUCUAAAUUUAUUCAAUUAAACAUAAUUUGGUAUUGCUUAGACUCCAUCACAAUAGAAUUAAUAAUUGAACUAAUUUUAAUUAUAACCUACAUAAUAAUAGUAACAUGCAUCUUAAGGACUUUAUUCAAAUCCAAUAUUAGUGUAGCCAGUACAAUAACAUAAUGGCUAUCAAAAUAAUACAGCUUAAUUGAAUUAAGGAUAAUAAAAUCAAUAAGAUUAAAAAAAAUUAAGUACUCGCCCUCUAUUUUCUAAUAAUAUCAUCCCUUAAUAGCAAUAAUAAUAAUAAUAAUAUUAAUCAUCACAAUAAUUUUUAUAAUAGACUUAGAAGUAAGAAAAUAAUUUUUUCGAAAAAACAAAUGAUCCAUGGAGUGCUUUUAAUUCAGGUGUUACGUAAGAUCCUUGGGCAUAAUUUUAAAAUCCAGUGGUUUAAAAUCAAAAUUAAACUUAAAAUUAGGAAAUUUGGGGGAUAUAAAAUUAACCAACUCAAUAAUAACCAUAAAGUCAAAAAUCAUUAAAGAAUAAGUAUGCCAGCUUUGAUGAAUUAAUAUGA